AUUCCAACGGCAAAGGCAGAAUAUUCGUUUGUAAAAUUAGGGUUAGGGUUGAGAGCGUUCUUCAUCCGCGCCCGUAUAUAAAUACCCUCUUCUCUCACUCUCGUUCUACCGUAUACCUUACGCUCUCUCUCACUCACACACACCCAAUUCAAACAUCAAAAGAGAGAGAUGGCCGAGCAAACCUUCAUCAUGAUCAAGCCUGAUGGCGUCCAAAGAGGCCUUAUUGGUGAGAUUAUUAGCAGAUUUGAGAAGAAGGGUUUCUACUUGAAAGGUUUGAAACUCGUUACUGUGGAUCGCCCUUUUGCCGAGAAGCACUAUGCUGACUUGUCUGCAAAGCCUUUCUUUAGUGGAUUGGUGGACUACAUUAUCUCUGGCCCUGUUGUUGCCAUGAUUUGGGAGGGUAAGAAUGUUGUCACAACUGGCCGUAAGAUCAUCGGAGCCACCAACCCAGCUCAGUCAGAGCCCGGAACAAUCCGUGGUGACUUUGCUAUUGACAUUGGAAGGAAUGUUAUCCAUGGAAGUGAUGCUGUUGAAAGUGCUCGCAAGGAAAUUGCAUUGUGGUUCCCUGAGGGCGCUGCUAACUGGCAAAGCUCCCAACACUCUUGGAUCUAUGAGUAAAUCAUGUCACAGUUGAUGUUGAAGUGGCUUUAGGUUGAACCGAGUCUCUACAUGUUCUGCUAUGGCCAUUGUUGGACUUUUUGUUAUAGUUUGGUACCUUGGUUUGUAUUUUAAAAGUCUAUUUAUGUCAUUUCUGUUGAAACAUGUUCACAGCCUCAUAAAUUAAAAUCCCAAACUAGUUUUGCUUUA